AUGCAAGUUCUUCACAUGAACAAAGGAGAAGGGGAGACUAGCUAUGCCAAAAACUCCCUGAUUCAGAAAAAGAUCAUAUUAGUUGGUAGUUCAAUGUUGGAAUCUGCCAUUGCGAACAUUUUAUGGGAGGUCAAGCCUGGGAGUAUGGGGGUAGCCGACCUCGGUUGCUCAUCUGGACCCAACUCCUUGACCGUCAUCUCUAAGAUUGUGCAUAUGGUGCAAGCUGCUAGUGAUCGGAUGGGUCGGCCCAUGCCUGAACUAAGGAUCUCCUUGAACGACCUGCCUGGCAACGAUUUCAACUAUGUGUUUCAAUCACUGCCAGAGCUUUACAAGAAACUAAAGCUUGAUUGUGGCAUUGAAGGUAACUGUUACAUUUGGGGUUUGCCAGGUUCCUUUUAUGGCAGAUUGUUUCCCUCCCAUAGCCUUCACUUCGUCCAUUCUUCUUCCAGCCUCCACUGGCUCUCUCAGGUUCCAUCGGGUUUGGAACCCUGUGCUGGAACCCAUUUGAACAAAGAGAAGGUAUACAUAUCAAAGAGUAGCUCCACAAGCGUAGUGGAAGCAUACCAACAACAGUUCCAUGAGGAUUUCUCCUUGUUUUUGAGGUCACGUGCUAAGGAAAUGGUUGCUAAGGGACGUAUGGUUCUAUCAUUCAUGGGUCGACGGUCCCCUGACCCACGAGCAGAUGAAGCUUGCUAUCAAUGGGAGCUUUUGGCUCGUGCUCUAAUGAGCAUGGCUUUAGAUGGACUUGUGGAAAAGGAAAGCAUUGAUUCGUUUAACGCCCCUUAUUACGCACCAAGCUUAGAAGAAGUACAGUAUGAGGCCGAGAAAGAAGGAUCAUUUGCAGUCGAUUGUGUUGAAGCUUUUGAGAUAGAAUGGGAUGGUGGUGACACAAGUGAUCUCAAGGAGUCAAGAGGCACUCGAGUGUCUAAAAUCAUUCGAGCCGUGGUGGAGCCGAUGAUGGAGAGUCAUUUUCAUCUCAGACAUGAAAGGAUGGAUGAGUUGUUUAUGAGAUAUGCUAAGAUCGUCGAUGGUUGCUUGUCCAAAACAAGAUCAAUAUAUAUUAAUCUGCUUAUUUCUUUCGUGAAAAAGGAUUGAUCUCGUGAUCUUAAAUUCAUCUGUGUUUUUCUUG